AUGACAUUUCCAACAAUAUGGCUACCAUUACUUCUUUUUAUAUCUACAGUAUUAUCACAAAACAAACGAUCAUUCUCUUUGAUAUCAGACAACGAUGCCGCCUUUUGUGUUCGUACUGUAGAUUGUAUAGAGAAGGUAAAGAAGCUGGUACCUCAAACCAAUAACUUUUGGUUUGGUGACACCUGGAAGCUACAUUGUGGCGGAUUCAGUAGUUCUAGAAGGGAGGUAGGGUGAUAUAUUCAUUUUUAUUACUCUCUGGUUUAAUGACAUUUCUUAUCGUAUCUUAUAGUAUACCCACAAAAUUUACAACAGUUUUUAGUUAUGUAAAAUGUCAAAAUGUAAAAUACGGUAGUGAAAUCCACGCUUAGUAAUUAUCACUUUUCAGCACAACCCAAUAAAAUGUAUGAACCCGCGAGAAUUGUCAGCUUAUCACUCAUUAGGCGGUCGAUUAUUCCACGCUCGUACCUUUACUGCGGCUUAUUUACAAAACCUGGCCAUCUACCCACGAAUGACAUUUACAUUACAGUCAGGUAAACAAAAACACCAUUUACAUUUUUUGAAAUUCAAAUUUAUGCAAUAAUUUUGGAAAUUGUUUAGCAACGUGCGCCCUGCACUUUGCAAACUGCGGAAUUUCAAAAAAGCUGAAUUUAUUAGUUUAAGCUCAUUUUUUAUGCAAAUUAGACUAAAAAUGUCAAUAAUAUGUAAAAAAAUUUAUUUCAGGCCAAUACCGUGGCUGUGACCAUGACUUCAUAGUAGAAUGUAACCGCAGUCAAGUAAUCGCCCAUCCAGAGAUGGAACCCCUCCAGCCCUUCUUAACUCGAGUUGUUCCUGAGAUUUCUUGGCCAGAAUUGGGUUCAAAUGAAAGCAAUGUCAUCAUGCUAUUAGAUGCUGGCUUUGGAUUACUCAAGUAUUUGGUAGUCGAUUACCCAAGGAAUCCCAAAGUUAUUGUUGAUUAUGAAACGGUCGAUAAUUUUCGGCCAAAUCAACCGACUCCGUUGGUGCUUCUAGUGUUUAGAGGUAGUGAAGAAGUGUCAGAGAGUAUUAAAACGGCCAAGUUUAAUCGGGAGAAGAUGUUUUUGUUGACCAACUUUAUGAUGGAACAUGGGUUGGAAGCGGGUAGGUUUUAAAGUCUUUUUUAGUUUUAUCUUACUUUAACAUCGACUUUAAAAUUUAAAAUUGUAGUUGCUUUUUCUCUUAUCAUACAGUUCAAUUGCUAUGAUAUGUCGUUUAGUUUAAAAAAACAUAGUACGUAAUUUUUAUAACGUAUUUUACAAUAUUACUUUAGAUUUGAUUGGAAUAAACUGGGCCUUAAUUGGAUCAGAUGCUUAUGCUAUGGAACGACAACGCCUCAAGGGGUCGGUUGACAAUUGCCAUUCUCUUGUUCAGAAAAGUAUGUUUUAUCAUUUUUUAGUCUAAAGUACUAUUUUAUUUAAAAAUCACCAAAAGCUUUGAAAACUGGGAGUUACGUCAUAUUGAGUAGAAAUAUUUCUUUGGUCUCUUUAUUCUCUGUAAAUUUUUCUGUAGUUUUGUUCAUAUAAAAAUGUUUUCAGAACUACAAAAAGAAAAGCUGUAUGAAUUCACAGAGCUUUUCCUACUGUCAGAGAUGGAUUCAUCGUUAUCAGUCAGUUUCUCACAACCGAAAGCCAGCUUCGAAGUUUGUUGUAAACAUAUUCAGACAGAGUAUGUUUAUUUACUUUUAAUUAUAUAUUAUUUUCCAUUUUUUACUUUACAGUCAAACCUCUACAGUAUGACAUUUAAAGGACUUUUCCAAACCUGUCUUUAUAACCAAAGUGUCACACGUAUAACGCCUUUUUCAAGAAAGUGUAGUAAAACUUUAUUUUGAAUUAUGUUAUCAAUUUACAGAGAAAAAGACAUCUUUGUUGAUCCACUAGACUCUGGCCAGACUUUUCCAACCUUGGCAUUAAGAAAAGAGCCGGUUGUCACUUCAAUGAGGUCAAUCGAAUAUGAAACUGACAAUUAUCAACGUAGCCUACGGCAUUAUAUUGGUAAGUAGUGCCAUACAAUUACUAUGAGUAAUUCAAACUCAAGUUUGAUAGUUUUUUUUAAGUUUUUUAUAAUGGUAUUUUAAAUAUUCAAUUGAAGAAUAGUAAUAUAAAAUUUAAAUAUCUACAAAUCCGUCCGUUUCAGCCCUAAAAGAGGACCGUUUCACAAUAGUCCUUUUCGAUCCACAUCGUCAUUAUCUGCAUUGGUUUAUCACUGAUAUACCCGCCGGCUCUUUAGCAGCAGGAACGAUAAAGGCCGAAGGGAACGUGAUAGCGCCAUAUGUACCACCAGUACCUGGGGAGUUCCAGAAAUGCAUUUUCCCAGUCAUGAUACUGUUUCGACAGCCUAGAAGUCAGAAUACCCCAUCCGAGAUCUCACAGUUUUACGGUGAAGAUCACGUUCUGAGGUCAACUCAUUGCAAGGGACAUUGUGUUUAUAGGUAUGCUUACUGUAAUAUCACUUAAUAAAACUUAGGGUACCUAAAGUAUGCCACAUUUAUAGCAAAACAACCCCCAAUAUUAUUUCAGAAGUGCCUUUGACAUAGCCCAGUUCAAAUCCUUCCAUCGGCUUCGAUUGUCCGCUAUGAGCUGGUUUAAAGUGUGCUUUGAUUUCUAUGAAGCCCAUAGAAGAAUCGAGUAUUUGAAAAGUGAAAAUGGCACUAAAGAAAUGCCUCGAGGCAAACCUGGGACUAAAUAUGUCUGGAGACCUCAACAGGAUCCUAACGAGAAACGGUGAGUCACUGUAGCAAAAUUUACUAAGAAUUCAGAACAUGAAUUCCUUUUUAUGGCCUACCCUAUCCUACCCUACUUUACUUUGCCCUAAUUUAUUUUACCCUGCCCUGCCCUACACAAAUUACUCUGUUCUAUCCUACUCUAAGUUUUAAUUACCAUUUUGAUGCAAAAAGAAUGGCGUAUAACAAUUCAACUUUCAGUGACGACGAGCGUAUCUACCUCAAAGCCAAAAUGGCCGAGAUUUGUUCGGCCGCGCGACAAGGCGAACCUCAUAACUGUGACAUUGAGCCGAGCUCAGCUUUUACUUUUACAACUACUGUAACUACUGUUCUAUUAGCUCUAUUUACAUUACUUUUAUAA